AUGGUUCCCUUGGAUGAUGCGGCAGUCCCGUGGGAGUAUUGCGCCUUGAUGGCUGAGAGACUUGGGGGCAGCUUUGAGGAGUUCGAUCCCUGGAUCGGCGACCAUUCGCGCCACGACGGCGUCGCGAUCAUGCUUGCGGAGCCACUUCUGCCAGUUCCACCGCAGCCAGUCGUGCGCUCCUGGAAGUGCCUGCUGCUCACAAGCCUCGCCGUGUCCGGAGUCAUGAUCGCCUGCGUGCCACGGCUGCCGACAGACAAAGCUGACCACAUCCCAUCGAUGUCCACGUUGGAGGUUGAGCCAGGCAGCUACGUUAUCCCGCCUCCAUGCCUUACUGUGAUGGUUGGGACGGCGCUCAGCGGGACUGCUCUGCUCGCAGCGCUGACCGUCGCAGUGCCAGCGAUAGGCUUCUGCGAAGACGGCGUUGAAUCGGAAAGCAUCGCCGCGGCAUGGCAAGCAACCAUAGGUGAUGUGGAGAAGGAGUCGCUCUUCGCGACCUUCCAGUCCCUCGCAGCGCGAGGCGAGCUGCUUUCUAUUCUCAAAGUUGGGCUACCUGUCGUCAGUAACCUGGCCGUCGCGUCCGCCGCGUUUUGCUCCAAGCUCGACGAGAUAGAAGACGCUUCGACAGGCGCGGCUCAGGCGGUCGCCAACGCUACAGCCGCAGCCCUCACUCAAAUUGAACAGGCGGCACAAGACAGCGGCGCCGUCGAGAAGCUGGAGGGAGUAGCCGACUCAGUGGUGGGCGCCGCCAAAGAAUCUGCAGACAAGAUCGUCGCAGAGGCCGAGGAAUGGGCCGAGAAGGCGGCCAAGGAGGCUAAGGAGGCCCUAUCACCGACCGCCGAUGUUACCAAGAAUCGGUGGGAGGAGGUGACGGGCAGCUGCCGGUGA